UGCUUACCUUUGAGGCACGCGAAGAGGGAAGGGAAAAAAAAAAAAAGUUGGGAAUGUUGUUCAAGUGUCUCCGGGCAAGCGCUUGGAUUGUGUUGGGAGCUGGGAUGUUUGUCUUUUCCUUCGCCUGCCAUUCGGUGCCAGCUCUCCGCAGAGGGGAGGGGGGCGAGGUGGGGAACAGAUACAGGAGACUAACUGACGCCAGCAUUGUGAUCGGAAGGAGGAGCGCGGGGAAAACAUUUUUAUGGAUGGCUAAUCGCUGACAAGCCUUCCCGUUACUAUUCCUUCCUCCUCCCACCCUUGACAGUGGAAAUUUCAAAUGAUAAUUUAGAAAUACUCCGUUGACUUGUUUCUGGGUUGGAAGCGGUACUCUGAGAAAUCGCCUGCAAAUGAUGUAAAUCUAGCUUUGGAAUAAAAUUGCAUGUAAAUUAUUUACCCAGUAAUUAACAGUCGGAUGCACACCCACAGGACACUGUGGAUUGCUUUUAAUGGAUCCAAUUUACAAGUGCCAUUUCAGUGGUUUGCCAGAUUUCUUGGAUGCUCUUUUGGAAGUGUGGUUUAGCAGGAAUAAUAGAGGAUAACUGUAAAGUCGUAAGGCAUUUAAUAAUUCUAUCUCCUUGGCCAUCACUGAGCAGAGCUUUGUGGCAUCCUUCAGAGUGAGAGAAAUGUUCAUACUACCAACAUAUCUUCUGGCUUAGGAGUCCUGUCGGUGUGAGGGAAUGCCAUGGGAUGUUUAUAUUUUAAAAAUAGUGAUCUAUAUUUAAAAAGGAAGUAAAAGUGAAACCCAGACACAUUCUCCUAACUCCAUAUUCAAUACGUCUUUCUAUACUUGUAGGAAGCCACGAACAAGAUUUUGGACUGCUUUCAAGUUCGUGGUUAUCCAAGAAGGACACUGCAGAUAAGAAAAUGAUGUAAUAGUUUGGCCCUUAGAUCAAAGAAGCCUCAUUAAGUAAAGCUGAAUGAAAACGGGCUGCUUUGGUGGAAGGUGGCAAUCUGCAGAGGGACGAAGCCUAGUGCUUUGCCAUCCUCCUGGUGUCCAAGUCCGUCCUGCCACUCUCUUGCUGCUGUGUUUGAGACUCUCUGUGGUCUCCAGAAUUUUGAAGAACUGCAUGACUUGGCCAGCCUAUUCUAGGACCUAGCAGAAAGUCAACAGUUCCCAGCCUGAAUCGGUCAGUUACUUCCAGAAGAAAAGGAAGACCUAUGACAUCCCUGCAGAGUUUGUACCUAUGACAUCCCUGGAGAGUUACUUGCUGCAUACUUCCCUCAGGCCCUGCAUGCAAUAAAGGGCUAUCUGUCCAGGUCCUCUUUGCACUGGACACCUGCAGUUCACCUCUUAUGCACUCCAGCACCCCCAUCAGCUCCCUCUUCUCCUUCACCAGCCCGGCAGUGAAGAGACUGCUAGGCUGGAAGCAAGGAGAUGAAGAGGAAAAGUGGGCAGAGAAGGCAGUAGACUCUUUAGUAAAGAAAUUAAAGAAGAAGAAAGGAGCCAUGGAUGAGCUGGAGAGGGCCCUCAGCUGCCCGGGGCAGCCCAGCAAAUGCGUUACAAUUCCCAGGUCCCUGGAUGGGCGGCUGCAGGUGUCCCACCGCAAGGGGUUGCCCCAUGUCAUUUACUGCCGAGUGUGGCGCUGGCCUGAUCUCCAGUCUCACCAUGAGUUGAAGCCGCUGGAGUGCUGUGAGUUCCCAUUUGGAUCCAAGCAGAAAGAGGUGUGCAUUAACCCCUACCACUAUCGCCGGGUGGAGACUCCAGUGCUGCCUCCGGUGCUCGUGCCAAGACAUAGUGAAUAUAACCCCCAGCUCAGCCUCCUGGCCAAGUUCCGCAGUGCCUCCCUCCACAGCGAGCCUCUCAUGCCACACAAUGCCACCUAUCCCGACUCCUUCCAGCAGCCUCCGUGCCCUGCGUUCCCUCCCUCGCCUGGGCACGUGUUCUCACAGUCCCCGUGCACCGCCGGCUACCCUCACUCCCCAGGAAGCCCCUCCGAGCCAGAGAGCCCCUAUCAACACUCAGCUGACACACCACCCCCGCCUUAUCAUGCCACAGAAGCCCCAGGGACCCAGAAUGGCCGACCUGUAGAUGCCACAGCUGAUAGUCAUUUAGUGCUGUCAGUGCCUAAUGGAGACUUUCGACCAGUUUGCUACGAGGAACCACAGCACUGGUGCUCUGUUGCGUACUAUGAACUGAACAACCGAGUUGGGGAGACGUUCCAGGCCUCCUCCCGAAGCGUGCUUAUAGAUGGAUUCACAGACCCUUCAAAUAACAGGAACAGAUUCUGUCUUGGACUUCUUUCUAACGUAAACAGAAACUCAACAAUAGAAAACACCAGGAGACACAUAGGAAAGGGCGUGCAUUUAUACUAUGUUGGGGGAGAGGUGUAUGCCGAGUGUGUGAGUGACAGCAGCAUCUUCGUGCAGAGCCGGAACUGCAACUAUCAGCAUGGCUUCCACCCGGCCACUGUCUGCAAGAUCCCCAGUGGCUGCAGUCUCAAGAUCUUCAACAACCAGCUCUUUGCUCAGCUGCUGGCUCAGUCAGUUCACCACGGAUUUGAAGUCGUCUAUGAGUUAACCAAGAUGUGCACUAUCCGGAUGAGCUUUGUUAAGGGCUGGGGAGCUGAGUAUCAUCGCCAAGAUGUCACGAGCACCCCCUGCUGGAUUGAGAUUCAUCUUCAUGGACCACUGCAGUGGUUGGACAAAGUUCUGACUCAGAUGGGCUCUCCACAUAACCCCAUCUCUUCGGUGUCUUAACAGUCAGUCAUGACUUCGUCGACAUUUCUAGAGCAUAGAUGCUAUUGCAGGCAGUGGCUUACAUCAUUUCAGAUUUGCAACUAACUCAAGUUUCCAAGUACAUAUGUAAAUACAUAUAAUAUAUACUAUUCAUAUUUUUUAUCA